AUGGGUAUCAAGCCAGCUGGCGAGCCGGGCAAGGCCUGGCCCGCCAUUCUCAUCGGCUUCUUCGUCGCCUUCGGUGGUCUGUUGUUCGGAUAUGACACCGGUACUAUCAACGGCAUCCUUGAGAUGUCUUACUGGCAACGUCUGUUCAGCACCGGUUACGUUAACACCAAGGGCAACCUCGAUGUUUCUCCCGACCAAGAGUCCGCCAUCGUCUCCAUCCUCUCUGCCGGCACCUUCUUCGGCGCUCUCGCUUCUCCCUUCCUCGCCGAUACCAUUGGACGUCGCAUGGGUCUUGCUGCCUCCACCUGGGUUUUCAACCUUGGUGUUGUCCUCCAGACCAUUGCCGUUGACAUCCCCGUCUUCCUUGCCGGUCGUUUCUUCGCCGGUUUCGGUGUCGGUCUGAUCUCUGCUUUGGUUCCUCUCUACCAGUCCGAGACUGCUCCCAAGUGGAUUCGUGGUGCCAUUGUCGGUGCUUACCAGUGGGCCAUCACAAUCGGUCUGCUGUUGGCUGCCAUCGUGAACAAUGCCACCCACCUUCGCCAGGACACUGGUUCUUACCGCAUCCCCAUCGCUGUUCAGUUCGCCUGGUCCAUCAUCCUCUUCGCCGGCAUGCUGGUGCUUCCCGAGACCCCCCGCUUCCUUAUCAGAAAGGGCCGCAUGGAGCGCGCCGCCAACGCCCUGUCCAGACUUCGCCGCCUCCCUGAGACCGAUCCGGCCAUCGCCGACGAGCUUGCCGAGAUCAAGGCCAACCACGACUUUGAGAGCAGCGUCGGCUCUGCCAGCUACCUUGACUGCUUCAAGCCCCCUGUCCUGAAGCGUCAGUUCACCGGCAUGGCCCUCCAGGCCCUCCAGCAGCUCACGGGUAUCAACUUCAUCUUCUACUACGGCACUCAAUACUUCCAGAACUCUGGAUUCUCCAACGGUUUCGUCAUCGGCAUGAUCACCUCCUCCAUCAACGUCGCUUCCACCAUUCCUGGCAUGUACGCUGUUGACCGCUGGGGUCGCCGUCCUCUUCUCCUGUGGGGCGCCAUCGGCAUGUGUAUCUCGCAGUUCCUUGUUGCCAUGCUCGGAACUUUGACUACCAGCCAGGACGACGCCGGCAACAUCAUCGUCCUCAACCUCCCCGCCCAGAAGGCCGCCAUUGCAUUCGUGUGCAUCUACAUCUUCUUCUUCGCCUCUACCUGGGGUCCCCUUGCCUGGGUCGUCAACGGCGAGAUCUUCGGCCUCAAGACCCGUGCCAAGUCCCUCUCGCUCUCCACUGCCACCAACUGGCUCCUCAACUGGGCUAUUGCCUACUCCACCCCCUACCUUGUCAACUACGGCGACGGCUAUGCCAACCUCCAGUCCAAGAUCUUCUUUGUCUGGUUCGCCGCCUGCUUCCUCUGCAUCGCCUUCGUCUACUUCUUCAUCUACGAGACCAAGGGUCUCUCUCUCGAGGAGGUCGAGGAGCUCUACAACGAGGUCAGCGUUGCCAGCAAGUCUGUUGGCUGGCGCCCGUCCACCACCUUCCUCGAGCGCAGUGGCGCUGAGGGCAACAAGGCUGUUCCCAACAGCGAUGGUGACAUCACUCACCACGAGAAGACCGUCGGCGCUUAA